GUCUACUUUAACAAACAUUCUUGGACUGUUGGAUAAUGGCAAAGGUUUUCCCCAACAUGACACAAAAUGAAGACUACUCUGACUACGAUAACUUAGAUAAGGAUAAUGACAUAUACCAGGUCUGCCAUAACAGCGAUGUAAGGUCAUUUAGCCGAGUCUUCCUCCCCACACUCUACAGCAUGGUGUUCCUUGUGGGAUUCAUUGGCAACGGCCUGGUGGUGUGUGUCCUGGUCAAGUACCACAAAACAUCCAACAUGUCAGACCUGUGCCUCUUUAACCUGGCUCUUUCAGACCUCCUCUUCCUGAUCUCAUUGCCUUUCUGGGCUCACUAUGCCGCCAUAUCUGAGUGGACCUUUGGAAGCUUCAUGUGUCAUGCAGUGACAGCGCUCUACCUGCUGGGUUUCUAUGGAAGUAUCUUCUUUAUGAUUCUCAUGACUGUGCACCGCUACACUGUCAUUGUCCAUGCCAAUGCCUGUCUCUCCUUUAAGCAACAAUCUGUCAGAGUUAGUAUAGGCCUGUUUUUUUUAAUAUGGGCACUCAGCUUGGGAGCUUCUUUACCAACCAUCAUUUCAUCCAAAGUAAAAAAUUACUCAAUAAAUGUAUCUAUUUGCACUAAGGAGUAUCCAGAAGGGACAAUGUGGAAAUUAUUCUCUUACAUUGAGCUGAAUAUCCUCGGCUUAAUUAUUCCCUUCUCAGUGAUGGUGUUCUGCUACUCCCGUAUCAUCCCAGUCUUAAUGGUCAUAAAAUCUCAAAAGAAACAUAGAGUUGUCAAACUCAUGUUGGUCUUGGUUAUUGUUUUUUUCCUCUUCUGGAUGCCCUACAACAUUGUCAUCUUCCUGAAGUUCCUGCAACACUUCGGCUUCAUGAACACCUGUCAGUGGGAUAAAGACCUGAAUAUGGCUAUGCAGUGGGUGGAAACCAUAGCCUUCAGUCACUGCUGCCUUAACCCCAUAAUCUAUGCCUUUGUGGGGCAGAGAUUCAGGAAUUUAUUUCUAAAGAUCCUGAAAGAGUGGUUUCCUGUUUGCUUUGGUCAUUGUACAACUAUUGUCACGAAGUUCCCAGACAAGAGGACCUUUAAGUCCUCAUCCAUCUGAGUAAUUUUUACUACAAAAUUUGGAUAACCAUAAAUAGAAAAAAUACAUUUGAAAAGAGGAUGGAUUAAGCAUGUGUGUUGUUAUGGAAUGUGCUAAUGUUUUAAGUUGUUAUAUGUCCCAGUUCACUAUUGGAGAUGUAAUGUGUGAAGCUGAAAAUGUUCUAGACAUCAAAGCAGGGCAAGUUGCAGCUCGACAAGAACCAAGGCAUCUCAAGAAGAUGCGCAAAGUUCUGGUGAGAGGAAAUCCUGCAAAGACUCUUCUCCCUGACAUUGCUGCAACAUCCGUGGAAAGAGAAUCAGUUAAUGUUUGAAAGGCUGCAGGCAGUGAGGCUGAUGUUAUCAACGGUUUUCUUCACACCUAAAAUGUAUUGUGUGGUGUAAAGUCUGCGGUUAAUGCACUUCUUGAGAAAUUGUCUGGCAGUUUGUAAGACACAAGACAAUAAUAUGUAUUUUGCUAAUUAUAUUAAAUCUAUUUAGGAGCAGUAGAGCACAUCUUAAUACAUCAGUAUUUACCUUAUGAGGUAAGAACCUGCUAAUUGUAAAAAAAAAAUUGGUAAUUUUAACAGUAAAAUACCAUAUACAUGCUACAGAAUAAAACCUUAUUUUACAAAACUUGUGAUAACCGUAGA